GAGCUUGUGAACAGGGCACGAGUGAAAACCCGGAUCCAGGCUGGCUCCGCCGGAACGCGCCCCGAGCUCGCCCGCGCGGCCGCCUCCGCCGCUCCUGAUCGGCUCUCCGGGUCUUCCCGGCGCCCAGGCUUGGGCUCAUAGGGAGAAAGGAAGCUGCGCUGCGUUCUGCGGGGCGAACCCUGCUCCGCGCGGCGAACCCUGCUCCGCGCGAGAAUUUUUUUGAUGCCUUCUUAUUUGGAGAAAUCUCCAGCUGCUCUGAUGAUAGCCUAAGAAGACUGCACGCUGCUUCCUCUUGAUGCCAAGCCAGGCCCUCUCACAACCUCGGAUCUCAGUCCUUCAUGGAGACCUGGUCCCAGCAGGAAUGGCAGUGCAGGAAAUUGGCGCCCAGAUGGUUCUUCCAUGUGAAGUUGUCUCGGGCUCUGGGCUGACGAGAGAACACCUGGUAACCAGGUUAGCCCUCUGUCAGUCACCCAGGGCAGGGCAGCAUGGUGCGGAUUCAGAGGAGGAAGCUUUUGGCAUCUUGCCUGUGCGUCACAGCCACCGUCUUUCUGCUUGUCACACUCCAGGUCAUGGUUGAGCUGGGGAAGUAUGAAAGGAAGGAGUUUAAAAGUUCCAGUUUGCAAGAUGGACAUACAAAAAUGGAGGAAGCACCUACGCAUCUUAAUUCAUUUCUUAAGAAAGAAGGAUUGACCUUCAACAGGAAAAGAAAAUGGGAAUUGGACAGCUACCCCAUUAUGCUCUGGUGGUCCCCGCUGACGGGGGAGACUGGGAGGUUAGGCCAAUGUGGAGCAGAUGCUUGUUUCUUCACCAUCAACCGGACCUACCUGCAUCAUCACAUGACCAAAGCAUUCCUCUUCUAUGGUACUGACUUUAACAUAGAUAGCUUACCUCUGCCUCGGAAAGCCCAUCAUGACUGGGCUCUUUUUCACGAAGAGUCCCCGAAAAACAAUUAUAAGCUCUUUCAUAAACCAGUGAUCACCUUGUUCAACUACACUGCCACGUUCAGCAGGCAUUCCCACUUGCCACUAACUACCCAAUACUUGGAGAGCAUUGAAGUCCUGAAGUCACUCCGAUACCUAGUUCCUUUGCAGUCCAAAAACAAGCUUAGAAAAAGACUUGCUCCGCUGGUGUAUGUACAGUCAGACUGUGACCCACCAUCAGACAGGGACAGCUAUGUUCGCAAGCUGAUGACUUACAUCGAGGUCGAUUCCUAUGGUGAAUGUUUACGAAACAAAGACCUCCCUCAGCAGCUGAAAAAUCCAGCCUCUAUGGAUGCCGAUGGCUUUUAUAGGAUCAUUGCACAGUAUAAGUUUAUCCUAGCUUUUGAGAAUGCAGUUUGUGAUGACUACAUCACUGAGAAGUUCUGGAGGCCACUGAAACUGGGGGUAGUCCCUGUAUAUUACGGAUCCCCCAGCAUCACAGACUGGCUUCCAAGUAACAAAAGUGCUAUUCUUGUAUCAGAAUUUUCUCACCCCAGGGAACUGGCAAGUUACAUCAGACGACUGGAUUCUGAUGACAGAUUGUAUGAGGCCUAUGUAGAAUGGAAGCUGAAGGGUGAGAUCUCUAACCAGCGACUUCUGACAGCUCUCAGGGAACGGAAAUGGGGAGUGCAAGACGUCAACCAGGACAAUUACAUCGAUGCAUUUGAGUGUAUGGUGUGCACCAAGGUGUGGGCUAAUAUCAGGCUUCAGGAAAAGGGCUUACCACCCAAAAGAUGGGAGGCAGAAGAUACCCACCUGAGUUGCCCAGAGCCCACAGUGUUUGCUUUCUCACCACUCCGGACUCCACCUUUGAGCUCUUUGCGAGAGAUGUGGAUAUCCAGCUUUGAACAAUCCAAGAAAGAAGCCCAGGCACUAAGCUUAUUGGUAUUUGGCAAACCUGGUAUCCUGCAGCCGAGCAUGAACAUGAAAUACAUUAGAACUUGGCAAUGAGAGAUCCCAUCUGUUGGUUUCCAGGGAUGUAAGUGAGUAAUAAAAGCUGUUUCAAGUUUAUCCACUA